AUGGCUACUUUUGAUGUCACUGUGGACGAACUAAAAUGGUUCCAUGGCAUUGAUAGAGACAUAUUCACUGUUUUAGUGAUCAAUCUUGGCCGUGAUAUUGAAGAGUCAAUGAGGAUCAUUGGGUUUUGGUUAUUUCUAGAAGAGUUAGGCCAUCCAAAUAUCAUCCUCCGCAUGCUCUCAUCUCCGGACACCGUCAUCGAUUCGGCGGCAACUGAAGCUGUUUUAUGCCUAAAUUGCAUUGACAAAGAUGAGUCUCCGAAGAUUAAUGAGUUCCCUUCAACUAAGAAGCUUAUAAAUAGAGACAUUUCUCUCUCAUUCUGUCCUCAUAUUAGGGUUUCUGCAGUUUCUAAAAUUUCUAAGUUUGUCUCUGAUUUUGGACACAAAGUAUUUGAUGAUAUUGUGCAGAAAGCAAUAAAGCAUCGGUCUAGAGUAAGAGAUGGACAAAAAACUGGUUUUGGUAUGAUGGGUACCUCAAGCUCUGGGUUUAGGCCUUAUGGUAGUCAUCCUGAUGAAAGGACCAUAUUUGUAACCUUCGCUAGGGGAUACCCUAUUUCAGAAAAUGAACUUCGAGACUUCUUUAACAUGACUUAUGGAGAAUGUGUAGAGAUGAUCCAUAUGCAGAAAUUAUCUCCUAAUGGACAAGCUAUGUGUGGUCGUGUGGCUUUUAGAUCAUAUGAAACCAUGGAAGUUAUCCUUGAAGGUAUGGACAAGGAAGAAAAAAUGAAGUUUUGGAUAAAUGGUAAACAUGCUUGGGCAAGGAAAUACUGA